GCGACAGGUCAAUUACCAAGCCUAGUAAGUUUCUUUAGUCUGUACUACAUGGACAACUGAAUUAUUGGAUCUUGGAAGUCCACGCAGCCUCACAGAUGAAGUCCUAGGUCUUCUAUUCAUUUUCUGGGGAGACUCCUCAGCUCACGCUGACAAACUUCACUGCAAGCCUUUGGGGAAAACUGUCUCUCCGUGGCCUUUUAAAAACGUAUGUCAUUACUCCUGACUUUUUUCACACAGCCUUGCAAUUCCGCGCCUCCUUUAGAUGCUGAAGAUGGCGCUUUCCGGGAUGAAAGCCUGCAGCCGGCCUGCCCCCCGCUCCUCCGGGCUGUCGGUACGCCAUCCAUCUCGGAUGAAAGCAGCAAAAUCCUGGCUACCAGGCGCUUCUUGGAAGGCCGGAGGCGACCCAAGCGCCUGUCCCCUCGCCGCUGCCUGUCUCGGGAGCCGACCCGGGGCGGGCGGCGUGAGGCCGCUGCCCCUCAGGUGAGGGGGAGGCGCCGCCAUCGGCCCACAGGGCGCGGGCUCCUCACAGGCGGCGGCCGAGCGGCUCCGCCCUGCCCGGCCAUGGACUACGCGGGGCUCGCUGAGGCGGCGGCGGCCAAAAUCGGGCAGUACCGGCAGGACCCCAGCGGCUGGCGGGGCUGCCGGAACGAGGUUGUGGUGUCCUGGAGACCCUCGGCUGAGUUCAGCGGCAACGUGUACAGGGCGGAGGGGACCGUGGCCGCCUGCCCGGAGGAUGUGUGGGAGUGCAUAAAGCCGGUGGCCGGCGGGCUGAGGACCAAGUGGGACCAGAACGUGAAGGACUUCGAGGUUGUGGAGGCCGUCAGUGAUGCUGUCUCUGUAUGCAGAACCACAACCCCUUCGGCUUUCGUGAGGAUUAUUUCACCAAGAGAAUUUGUGGAUGUGGUCCUAAUGAAGCAAUAUGAGGAUGGAACAAUGCUAUCUGCUGCCACCAAUGUGGAACACCCACAGUGUCCUCCUCAACCAAAUUUUGUGAGAGGGCUGAAUUAUCCCUGUGGCUGUUUCUGUAUACCACUUCCAGGGGAACCGGAUAAGACUCAGCUCCUCAGUUUCUUUCAGACAGAUCUUGGUGGCUAUCUUCCCCAGACGGUGGUGGAUUCCUUCUUUCCAGCUAGCAUAGCUGGAUUUUAUAGCAAUCUGACCAAAGCCGUUAAGGCAUUAAAAGCAUGACAAGACCAAAUGCUGACAUCAGCAUCUGAGGGUAGGAAAAGAACUGGUAGCUUGAGGCUAGAAAUCAUGGGAAAUAUGAACCUGACCUAUAGUCAUUUUUUUAACCAGCAAAGAUACUUGGGAAAAGUGAAAUGGGAAGAAUGGAUUGAGUAAAGUACAUUUUUAAAACAGCGCUUUCUGCCUGUCUCAAUUCAAAGCAAUGCAUACUUUUCUAAUGAGCUCUCCUUCAUUUUCAUAAUUAGAAGAAGGUCAUACCAGAGGCUGGAAGAAUCCUGGAGGCAGCACUGCUGGCUGGCUGCAGGGAGAAGAUGUGUGUACUAGAACUCUCUCACUGCCUAAGAGGAGGAGCAUCACUAAAAUCCACUUAGCAUUACCAGUAUUAGUUAGGUGCAAGUCACCCUGUUUUGUCUCUGAAGCUCCUUGUAGACUCCUGUGGAAUAAUGUUCCUUCCCCAGAUGGAGAGGUAGCUCUUCUGCUGUCAGCCCUCAUAGAGCUGCUAAGAUGUUUCAUUGAGACCAGGACAGUAAGAUUUAAAAGUCAGAAUUGAUUGGAUUUUUUUGUGGGAUCUACUUUUUUGUUCCCGUAGAUAACAGAUAGUCCUCAUGGUAAAUGUAUCUUAGGUACUUCUUUUCCUAAAUCAGAAUCUAGCAGUGCAAAUCAAUUCAUAGGUCUGUUGGUUGGCACAUAGACACUCUUCUUUCCUUCUCUCUACCAAAACCAGUGAUUUCCACAGUGUCAAGAACCAAACUGCACUGACAUAGUGGCAAUAAAUAAUGAGCAUUAAGCACUUUACUUGCUAUUUUUUUUAACUGCACUUGUAAUGAUCAAGUAUUUUAAACACUUUACCAGUUUUUGUGGUGAGAGGUCUUAACGGGUAAAUAAUUUUUCUGCAGCUCAGUAGUGACUUGACAGGCCAUAAAAACGUUUCUUUCUGUUGAAGGCUGGUUUACCUCACAGCACUAUCUUAGGAAGUCAGCUCCUGAUCUAGUGUGUAGUGAUGUGUGCAGCUUUUGAAAAUAUUUAUGCUUCUGGUUACUGCAGGAGUUUCAGACAUUAUUAUGGGUUACAUAUAAUUACAAAAGGAAAAUAAAUUGCUGUAUUAGAAAUUUAAAUGUAGGUUGUGAUUUUAAUGCUGUAACUUGGUUAUUUAACAAGGUUAUUAUGCUCUGCUUUUCUAUAUUUAUGUUUAGUAUGGGGCAUAGAUUUGCAUACAAAGUUUUCCACUGUAAUUCUAACCCUGUGGAAUAGAUUUUUAAAGGAACCAAUUUUUAAUCUAGUCUCUUUUGCAAAGAAAGAUAUAAAAACCUGUACAAGUGUGAUGAAAUAAAUAUUUUUUUGCUACA